AUGUCUGUUACAGAGACUGUGAGCUUGGACGUUCUUUCAUUGACGAAUGAUGCUCGUAGCACAUAUGGACUGCGUCAACAGGAUUAUCAGCGAUACAGAGAAUACUGUGCUCGUAGAAUUCGUCGAGUUAGGAAGAAUACUGACAUGAUUCAAGGAAAGAAGCGUUAUGAAAAGAAGCCUGUUACACCAACCUCGUUGGUGGAUCCAAGAUCAUUGCAGAUCUUGUUAUUUGAAGCCGAGAGAUCUUGGGCAUAUGCAAUGCAACUCAAGGCUGAUUCUCAGUAUGAACCUCGAAAAAAACAUCAUUCAAUUAAACGACUUUGUAGAGCAGUUUCUUCUGCUAAUCAGUUGCAUGAACUAUGUCAAUUGGAAUCCAUUGAUCAUCAAACCUCACUUGAAACUCAGGCGUAUGCUUUAAGACUGGCUGCGUAUGUUCAUUUUGAACGUCAAGAAUGGCAAUCUGCUCUGGAUGUGUUUGCUUCAUCUCGAUCUAUAUAUGAUAAGCUAGCGCAUGUUGCUGUUACUGCAUCGCAUGCAACACUCUGUCAAGCAGCUAUGGAUGAGAUUGAUCCAAAUAUCCGAUACUGUGCUUACAAUCUCAAGUUCAAAGGCAAUCAAACCGAUGAUAUUGAGUCGCUUCUUGAGCUGCGUAAAACAAGCGGUGGUCCAGGAAACGAUCUUCUCAGUGCCAAAAUUGACUUGCUUGUCACAGAACGCAUGCACGUUAAAGCAAGAGCCAUUCACACCAUGGAGUGGCAUGGAUACAGCAUGGAUAUUCAUAAUGAGGACCUUAUGGCCAUGAUAAUGGAAAUGCAGGAAAUUUCAGCCAAGAUUAAUGGUGAAGUUCAAGGCAAUGGCAUUGUUGUGGAUGGACGUGUGGAUGAAUCUCAAUUUGCUGGUAUCAUGGCCGAGUAUGAUAAGCUUUUAGGACUUGGAUGGGAUGCUGCCAAACUUUCUGAGCGCGACAUCAAGGAAGAUUUGGUUGCUGUUAUGAAAGUCAAGUCAUCCAAAAGCGAUAUGCAUUCUGCAAUGUUGAAGCUCAUCAAAGAAUACGUGACCUAUACUCGACUAGAGCAUACAUUUGAUCGUGAUAUUUUGCUUGAGCAGGCUACUUCUAUGCGUCUUAAAAAUCUUGUUCAUUCCAGUGGUAGUGUUGAAAAGCGACCCAGUCAACGCCGCGAAGAGUUGAUCCAGUUGGAUAUAACUAUGCUUCAGGUUGUAAAUGAAAUGAAGGAGCUUGAUAUUAUCGAGACUGAUCUUGCACUAGGUCAUCUUGUAUCUUCAAAGGGAUUUUUUGUAGUUGCUCAACGUCUGGCGCACACGGCAGAUAUCUACACUGCAGAUCAAAAAUAUGCCGAAGCUCUAGUUCUUUUAAACAAGGCAAUGGAGCAGGUGCAUCUUUCUCGAACAUCGGUUGUAGAAUUCAAACGAAAGAUUAUCAAGCACGACCAACAGAUGGCAGUAAACAUGACCAAAUUGUUGGAUGUUUUGAGCCAAUCCAUUUGUAAUCGAUCUUUGAUUACCAAAGCAAAGGUUUAUUUUGAGAAUGAUGACAAAGUGCCGUAUGUUUCACUUUCAAAAACAGUUCAAGAUAUGUCAAUUGGUACGCACAAGAUCAACCAGAUGGGCGUAGGUCGAGCGGAGCAUAUGAAGGUGUUUUUCCAGCCCAGUGAAGGGGUCAUCCCAGUGGUUCAGAGUAUUCCACCAGCAUUUGAACCAGUUUCAUUCAAGCCCAUGUUUUAUGAUUUAGCAUAUUUAGGAAUGGAGUUUCCACUGUGGAAUAUUUCAGAACUCGCGCAGGGAAGAUCAAGAAUGGAUCGAAUCACGCAAGAAAUUGAAGGAGUGAAUGCAGUGCAGACUGAGGAUGUGUAUAUGGAGAGUACAAGGAGUGACGCAGAAAACAAGUCAGAUUCUCCGUAUAAUUCUAGUGAAGCAACAGGCCAAGGACUGUUGGGAAUGCUUGGAGGAUUGUGGGGAGGACGCAAGUGA